UAUCAGAACCGAUGCAUGGCUAAUUUAAUAAUUAAAAAUAGCUUUUGAUAAAUGCACUUACUGAAUUUUUAAUUAUUUAAGCUAAGCUUUAAUGAACGUAGCAAAUUUAAAUUUCAUUUUAAAUUAUAAAUAGAUCGAUUUAUUUAUCCACGAUAAAUACGAGAGGAAGUGUAUAUAGAAUUUUCAAGAAUGUUUACUUACGUAAAACUACCUUUGUACUUGAUAGUAGACACCUUGCUUAUAUAUUGUUUAUAUCCUGUCAGAUAUUUGACUUUAUUAAAUCGAAUAUCAAUUGAUGAAGUUCUUUAGUAUUCCAUAAACAUCAUGCCCGAUACAGAAAUGGCUACCAUGUUAAACGGUGCAGUUAACAAUGCUUUAAUCAAGAAAGCAAUGAAAGACGUGACCGAUGUCAUCGGAAAGUACGGACCAUGGCAGAGAGUCAUUUUUAUAUUAUUUCUUUUACGAGGAUUACCUACUGCAUUCCAUAAUCUCAGCACUCCAUUUUUUGCAUUUGACGUGGAUCACUGGUGUAAGAGGCCUUCACUUUUUCAAAAUUGGAGUAUAGCAGAUUGGAAAAACUAUUCCAUACCUUUAGAAAAUCAUGAUGAUAAAGUAGAGUAUAGCCAUUGCUACAUGUACAAACUAGAGAGAUUAAAUGGUAGUAGUAGUAUAGAAGAUAUUUAUGUUAAUAAAAAUAAAACUGUAUAUUGUUCUUCGUGGGAAUUUGAUAGAAGUUUUUAUCAGUCGACAAUAAUUAAUGAUUUUGAUUUAGUUUGUAAAAAUGGGUGGCUUAUUUCUCUGUCUCAGAGUGUAUAUAUGGGAGGGAUGACAGCAGGAGUUAUUAUAUCUGGACAUCUUGCUGAUAGAUUUGGGCGCCAACCAAUUCUACGAUAUUCCGUAACCCUGAUGCUGAUUUCAGGUAUUGCAACGGCACUUUCUCCUACUUAUAUAUUUUUUAAUAUUGCAAGAUUUUGUCUUGCUCUUGGUGUUGCUGGUGCACAAAAUACGGCCUUCUGUUUAUUGAUGGAAGUUCUUGGACCAGAAUACAGAACAAAAGUUACUUUUGCAUUCUCAUUUGGAUGGGCUACAGGCUUAAUGUUGCUACCUGGAAUAGCAUAUCUGUUAAGAGAUUGGGUCUAUCUGCAAAUAUUCAGUACUGCUUUAGGAUCUAUAUUACUUUUAUACUGGUGUUUUAUUCCAGAGUCUCCUAGAUGGCUGUUGACCAGAGGAAGGUAUAAGAGUGCUGAAGACAUCAUAAAAGUUGCCGCCGACAAAAAUAACAUGGAAAUUCCAAACAUGCAGCAAGCUAUUGUGCAACUAAAGGAAAACAUAGAAAAGGAGGAACAGAAGAAAAAUCCUAAUGUCUUUGAUCUCUUUAGGACAUCUAAUUUACGAAAACAUACAAUUUUUAUAUACUUCUGUUACUUCUCGGUUGCAUUUGUAUUUUAUGGUCUUUCGUUGGGACAGACUAAUUUGGGUGGAAAUCCCUUCUUGAAUUUUUUUAUUGGUUCAUCUGUAGAAUUUCCAGCUUAUGUUAUCUGUAUGUUCUUGAUCAAGUAUGUGUAUCGAAGGACUUCCCUUCUUGGAUUUUACGUUAUCGGUGGAGUGUCCUGCUUUUUUAUGAUUGCAAACACCGAUGAAUUGCUUUGGUUGAAAAUAACUGCUGCAAUGCUCGGAAAACUGUGCAUCAGUGGAGCCUUUAUGAUACUGGCCACCUUUGCAGCUGAAAUAUUUCCCACGGUGGUGCGCACAGUGGGAGUGGGAAGCAGUCUGAUGAUGGGACGAAUAGGAGCGGCAGUUGCACCCUUUGUCAAAGAAUUGGGUGAAGCAACGCAUAGUUAUGUUCCACCCAUAGUAUAUGGAAUAUUGUCACUCCUAGCAGGAGGAUUCAUUAUGCUACUUCCCGAAACCUUCAACCGGCAACUCCCAGACACCAUAGGAGAUGCAGAGAAUUAUAAAAAAAAUAUCGAGAAAGAAAAUGACGAUUUCUACGAGAUAAAACAGAUGACAGUCGAUAAAUAGCGCCAAGUCCAUUGUUUCGAGGUUUUCCCAUAUUUAUCUCAAAGAAAGAAUUUAUUUUUUCAAUGUAAUUCAAAGACAGUUAACAUUUUAUAAAUCCAAUAUAAUAUGCAAACCACGCGACAAACACUUAAAAAAGAAAUAAAAUAAAACUCAGUUUCGAACGGUGGUUCUUAAACUAUAUUUGACAACCGGGGCAGUAAUAUAAUGCCAAUACACAAAUACAAAUUCAGACAUUCCUUGCAAAAUACUAUCUCGAACUGGUGACACUAAACUUGAAUUACUGUGUAUUUGGAGUUUACACACUUAGAAUGCCAAUUUAUGUUCGAAAUUUGGGCGGAGGCUGUAGUGUUAGCAUGGUGUAUGGUAAAUUGUAGUGAAGACAGUGCCUACUUCUCUCUCCUCUUAAAUUAAUAAUUGGACAAACUGUCUAAUUUAAAUAUUAUAAAAUGUCAUUUUAAUUUAGAAGGUCACCAUUUAAUGUUGGGAGUUUAAGAACCACUGGACGUGACAUGUGGAUGGAAACUUUAUAGGGUAUUUUUAACAACUGUUUACAUUUAACAGAACGGUAUUUUUUUAUUAAUUGUAUAAUAAUAAUUUCUUUGUGUUGUAUUAAUACGGCAUGACGUAGAAAUCUAAAAUCUUUUGUCUUGAGCAUUUCGAUUAGGAAUUCGAUCAUCGGUGUAUGGAAUUUUUUUCUUUUUGUACAUAUAUAAAUAUAUUUUAAAUUACUUAUACAGUAUUAAUGUACAUUAUAAGAACAUUUUGUAUGUAUAGGUACGAUGUAAAUCGGAUGGUAUUUUAAAUAUUAGCCAACCCCCAACGUCUUUCUCGGUCAAUCCGUGUGUAUUCUUUGUCACAGUUUUGACUCUAAAUAAUUCUGCCCACCCGAUACCAGAAUUGUGGUAAGGUCGAGUUAAUGGUGUGAUUCUAAAUCUCCACUUGAUCCUCUUUCAGUCCAUUCCAUUUGCACUUUUGAGGACCUAGAAAUUUAGAAUCACCACAAAUCAAAAUUAUGUUAAGAUUUCUUGACCUGCAAUCUCCAGAUUGUGUGUGCAAUAUAAAUUUAAAGGUGGCCUUUAACUUCUCCUUCAAUAUGAAGGAGAAUUUAAAGGCUGUUUGUUUCCAUUUUGUAUGCAUUUUUAUUAAAGGGUGCUAUUUUGGCAUUUCUGACUUAAACGCAGUCUUUUUCCAAAAACAAAUGUGGGAAAUGUCUAAUAUAAAAACAAUAUUGAACAAGUAUAAAAUAUUUGAAAGUAUUUUUAAAUUGCUCUACUUAUUUAGAUUAUAACUUGUAAAGAGAGAAUUUAAGAACUUGGAGGGGGGGUAAUUGAUAACUUUUGGUAGAUUUAAAGUCAGGCAGCAAGUUAUUUUUAAGACAAAUUAAACUGCUUUUCUAAGAACUCAACUAAAAACUCAAGUAAGCUGUUGCUGGAGGGUGAGAAGUAAGUUUGUUCUGAAUCAAAUUUACAUUUGGGAGAGGCAUCUUAAGAAAUGGGCCAUGAAAAAUCAUGUUUUUUUCCUUGAGCUUUGUAUCAAAAAAGAAUUUUUAAAAGGGAGGAAAUUCAUUUUUGUGAGAACACUGCAACGAAUGCACACGGACAGACCCUACAAAACGGAGCCUAUGCAAAGUAACAUAUUUUUUAAAUAAUAGUUAUUAUUAUUAUUGUAAUAUAUUGCACACUUUUUAAUUUUAAAAAUUACUGUAUAGAAUAAGAAAACUGUUAAAAAUUUUUGACUCUCUCGAAAGUUGUAUAACUUAUAUUAUUAUUAACUUCUUUUAUGGAAUUUUUCAUACAAUGAUAUCUUGUAGAUGCACUGUUACUGAAUAGUUUACUGACAAUGGAAGUUAAGAAAGCAAGAAUAAAUAGUUUUGGAAUUUAC